AUGUGUCACGGGUUGAAAACCUCCCUCUCUUCUCAGCCCAACCCCUCCUACAGAGCACACUUACCCCAUCUAGCCUAACCCUACGAUCGGAGCCGUCAGAUCAUGAUCGAACUGUGUGAAAACGGGCUAAAAUCCCCUAACCCUAGCAAAGCUGCUAUAUAAGGUACCCCUAGUCCAUUUUAGACCCCUAGCCUUUGCCUCGUUUUCCUCGCAACCACUGCCUAGACACCGCCAACCGCUGGUGUCCUCCCAUCGCUAGCGCUAGGGACCGCCGAGCCCGUUUGGAGCCUGCACGGACCCAAAGGUCGCCAUUGACGUGCGCCCGCAUCUGAAGCCAGCAUACUUCCGCACUAGCUGCAACCCUCACGAGAGCAGCGCGAGCUCCUCUAUCGCCCUCGCACCUUGCCUGUUUGACCCCGCCGUCGCACCACUCUGGCAAGCUGCCUCGCUGGACCCAAGCAUAUGAGCAACACUGCCCCCAACGCUUUCUCCGUUUCCUCCUCUCUCCUCUAAUCCAUCUUUCCCCCUUCUCUGUCCAUAUGCAGGAGAAGCACCACCAUGGAUACCCGCCACCCGAGCCCUUCCCACCAAGCUCCGGUCUCUGUUCAGCGCCAAAUCCACUUGGAACGAACGAAUCCGACCAGCCCGACUCUAGAUCCGAUCGCCUCCCGUCCCAUUCAACUUGCGUGCCGCGAUCCGCACCGGCGUUGACCCUGCUAUGGAUGCUGCACCGCGCAUGCGUCGGGGGGAAUGAGAUGCCCAACGCCUCACUCGCUGGCGCAUCUAGAUCAGCCUCUCGCGUCAGGCCCAACCGACCACAUUGGCCCAGCGGCCUCGACCCACACCAAGGCCAGCUCCCGCAAGUUCCAUCAGCCUAGCCGAUGCAGCCAGCGCCCCACCCUGGUCCAACGAGCCGCCCCGUGCGGGCCUCGCCUCGCCCGUGGUCCAGCCAUGUGGCUGGACCGCCUCGCGCCUCCUUCCCCGGCCCAACUAGCAUCCGACCUAGAAGGCAAACCUCCGCAUCACCAUCCGCCAGUCCCAGGUUCGGAACCGCUUCGAUGUGUGAGGAUUCGUUCGACUACGUUGGUUCAUUUGCUUCACAAAUUGGUUCGUCUUCCGAGCAGGAUCACAGGUGCAGGUAAAGCAACACUUUGACGUGAGCGCGAUGAUUCUUCUACUCGGAGUUUCUUCUUCUUCUUCUUCUUCUUCUUAUUCUUAAAUUAUCUAGGAUUGAUUCCAGGCUCGCAGUCUGGGAUAGGAAGGAUGGAUCUCAUUGCUUUAUCGUUUGUUUUUCGUCCGUAUUUGGACCCUGUUGAUCCACAUGUCGAUUGAAUGUAUUGUUGUAUUGUGUUGUGCAUGUUAUAGCUUGUGGCUAGUGUAAGCCAAUUCCAUAUACUCAUCUGUGUCGAAAGCACCGCUCCAGAAGUUUCCCCUUUUA